CUACCCGCGGGAAGCAACAGUUAUGCCCUCGAGGACCGACCCGCUGCGCUGUUGAACCUCGUCGCGCGUGUGCCCGCGUACGUAUGGCGUAUGGCUUACCCUAUGGCAUGGCAUCGCGGAACUUCGCACUGUGCGUCCUUAUUGUCGCCUUCCUCCACGUCAGUCUCGGACAAACGCCGCCCAAGUCCGAGGUCCUGCCCGAAUUUCUGGCGCUCUUGGAAAAUCACACGGUCACCCAAGGUCGCGACGUCUCGUUCACCUGCGUCGUUAAUCAUCUUCAGUCUUACAAGGUCGCCUGGAUAAAGUCGGAUUCGCGUGCGAUUUUGGCCAUUCACACGCACUUGGUGGCGCACAACUCACGCUUGUCCGUCACUCACAACGGCCAUAACACAUGGAAGCUGCACGUGACUAACGUUCAGCCGAACGACUCCGGCACGUACAUGUGUCAAGUUAAUACGGAUCCUAUGAGGAGUCAGACUGGCUACAUGAAGGUCGUGAUACCACCCGAUAUCAUGGACCUGGAUAACAGCGCGGAUAUGUUGACCGCCAAGGAAAACGGCGAUUUGCUGUUGCGGUGUCUAGCUACCGGUAAUCCGGAACCAACGGUGAUCUGGCGACGGGAAGAUGGUCGGAACAUCACGCUGAGGACCGAGAACGGCGUCAAGCGAACAGGGCGUACGUUUGAGGGCGAACAACUUCAUCUGCGGGGCAUUCAGCGACAGGAGAUGGGAUCUUAUCUCUGUAUCGCGUCGAACGGAGUGCCGCCGUCGGUCAGCAAGAGAUAUUAUGUCAACGUCCGUUUCAAACCGCUGAUUAAAGUCACAAACCAGUUAGUAGCGGCGCCCGUCAACAGCGAUGUUGUUCUCCAGUGCUACGUGGAGUCCUCGCCGAAAGCUCUAAACACAUGGUAUAGAAAUAAUGGAGUCAAGCUACUUCAGAACGAGAAAUACGAUAUAUCGGAAGUAACCAUCAAUGAUUAUGCAUAUCAGCUAAAUCUCACAGUGAGACACCUUGACAAAUCCGAUUUCGGCACUUACACGUGUUCCGCUGAAAACGCUUUCGGAAAAACGGAAGGGUCCAUAAGAUUACAAGAGCUGCAGAUAUUCAAACCAACAACAGCUUCCACGCGAAAUACCGAGAUUAUCGAGAAGCAUAUUUGGCGGAAGCAGACGGAGAAAAAGGGGAAGAAACAUUCGUAUCUGCUCGACAAAAUGGAAUCGAAUCUGACGAACGUGGGCCACACCACGCCGAUGUCCAGGCGGAAUUCGUCGAAUUCAUUACCAAAUAUCGCGAACAAGUCGCGGAUCUCCGCGUUUCCGGCGCCGGCACCGGCUCCGGCGCAUUCGGCUCCCACGCGACUAGGCGCCCAGAGCGGCGUUAAAUCAUUGCGCGAUUCGCGAUUACGUCACGUCGGUCUCGCCGUGAUCGUCCUGGUGAUUUUUAAUCGCGAUUGAAACGGAGAACAAGAUUUUUCGUCAACGAGAUCGUUCAGUUACAACGAAAUUGGAUCGUUCGUCGUGAUUCCGAUCGUUGAAGGACCCGCGAAGUGGAAUUAUGUGUAAUUGAUAUUAAAAUAAUUUUUUGUUAUAUUUUCGUUUAGAUGUCAAAAGAACGUGGUGGAGACACGAAAUAUCGAUCGAGGUAUCGGUAUUUUGUAUCUGUAAAUAUGAGACAUUUUUAUGACAAUAAAUGUAGUUACAUCUGAAAAGUAAAUAUCAGAUCACGAAAAAGUAUCUGAAAAAUAGAUAAUCACGCUGUUAAAAACGCACGCUUAUAACUGCCAUCAUUAUACAGAGUGCAUUUCAGACGAUACAGUAUUUGCUAAUAUUGAUUUUUCAUCGAAUGUAAGGUAACAAAUUGACAUUCCAAUAUUGCUCUUUUGUUUCGAUAAAGGAACACCAUUUUACAUAUUUUUAAAUAGCAUAGGCAUUAUUAAGCAUAAGAAUUAGAAGAGUCGUUCCAAUUGAUUCGUGUAAUUAUCGCGCGGUUAAUAGAUAAGCGUAUACCAACCAACAAAGUAAUUAAAGAGGGGUCCAUACUAAAAACCGACUGAAUUCGGAGUUCGUUGGUCUUUCGAAAACUGACUGAUUGUGAAUUAAAUUCGUUCGUCUCUAGGAACAGCUGUAUUUAACUCUAACGAGAAUUGUGACAUGUAUAUAUGUAUGACAAUAAAUGUUGUUUCUACUA